AAGGAAGUGGUCCCACCGUGGACGAGUAGCCACCAAAUCGGGACAGCAAGAGUGAAUGCCAGUGAGGAUAAUAUACGAAUCACUUCCAAUCUUUUUAGCCAAGAAGAUCAAUUGAAUAACACACAUCAGAGCUGGAGGACCCAGUCACAGUCCCCACCACUUCCCGUUUGUGUAGAGGUCUGUUGCCACAUAAAUGUGGGGAAGCAUCAGGAGUUGAUUAAGAGAUAUUUUAUCAUGAAGCCAAGAUUAAGUGUCUGCUUAUUCAGAAAGUCUCACUUAUUACCUUGAAUUUGUGAGAGGAUGAUGAAAUGAGAUAAAGUGGACACCUGGAGGAGCCCAGCCCCCUCACCUCCACCUCUUUGAAGCAUGGCAGGCCUACAGCUUGUCACCCCUGCCACUUCACCCAUGGGGCCUUUCUUUGGUCUGCCAUGGCAGCAGGAGGCUAUCCAUGAUAACAUCUAUACACCUAGGAAAUAUCAGGUAGAACUUCUUGAAGCAGCUCUUGAACAUAAUACUAUCGUCUGCUUGAAUACUGGCUCAGGGAAGACCUUUAUUGCAGUACUUCUAACAAAAGAGCUCUCCCACCAAAUCCGUGGACAUUACCAAGAAAAUGCGAAGAGGACUGUUUUUCUGGUGAACACAGCUUCGUCUGUAGUUCAGCAAGCAGCUGCAGUCAGGACUCACUCUGACCUCCAGGUGGGAGGGUACGUAGAUUUGGAGGUGACCUCAGCAUGGACCGACCAACAGUGGAGUGAAGAGAUAAUCGAGAAUCAGGUGCUGGUCAUGACUUGCCACAUAUUCCUGCACAUACUGAGGAAUAAAAUCUUACCGUUGUCUAAAAUCAACCUGGUGGUUUUUGAUGACUGUCACCUGGCCAUCACAGACCACCCCUACUGUGAGAUAAUGAAGCUGUUUGAGGGUUGCUCGUGCAGUCCUCGUAUUCUGGGCCUCACAGCCUCCAUUCUGAACGGAAAGUGUGACCCAUCAGAACUGGAGCACAAGAUCCAGAAUCUGGAGCGAAUCCUGAAGAGUAACGCUGAAACUGCCACUGACCUCGUGGUCCUGGACAGAUAUGCCUCUCAGCCGAGGGAAGUGGUGCUGGACUGCGGCCCCUACGUGGAUAAGAGCGGCCUCUCCUCCCGUCUGCAGGUAGAGCUGGAUGAAGCUCUCCACUUCCUGAACGACUGCAACAUAUCUGUGGUCAGAGAAGACCGUGACCCCACAUUCAUUUCCAAACAGGUCCUGAGUGACUGCCGGGCCGUGCUGCAGGUUCUGGGGCCCUGGUGUGCAGACAAGGCGGCAGGCAUCAUGGUGCGCGAGCUCCAGAAGUACAUAAAGCACGAGCAGGAGGAGCUCAGCCGCAAGUUCCUGCUCUUCACCGACACCAUCCUGCGUAAAGUGCACGCUCUCUGCGAGGAGCACUUCUCCCCUGCCUCGCUGGACCUCAAGUACGUCACGCCCAAAGUCCUCCGGCUGCUGGAGAUCCUGCACGAGUACAAGCCCUUCGAGAGGCAGCAGUUUGAGAGCGUUGAGUGGUACAACAACCGCAACCAGGACAACUACGUGUCCUGGAGCGACUCUGAGGACGAAGACGAGGACGAGGAGGUGGAGGUCAAAGAGAGGCCGGAAGCCAACUUCCCCUCACCGUUCACCAACAUCCUGUGUGGGAUCAUCUUUGUGGAGAGGCGUUACACAGCUGUCGUCCUCAACCGUCUGAUUAAAGAGGCGGGGAAACAGGACCCAGAGCUGGCUUACAUCAGCAGCAACUUCAUCACCGGCCACAGCAUCGGCAAAAACCAGCCCCGCAACAAGCAGAUGGAGGUGGAGUUCAGGAAACAAGAGGAGGUCCUUCGCAAAUUCCGGGCUCACGAAACCAACCUGCUAAUCGCCACCAGCAUCGUGGAGGAAGGCGUGGAUAUUCCAAAGUGUAACCUGGUGGUGCGCUUCGACCUGCCCACAGAGUACAGGUCCUACGUGCAGUCCAAAGGCAGAGCUCGCGCGCCCGUCUCCAACUACAUCAUGUUGGCCGACAGCGAGAGGACCAAAACCUUCGAGGAAGAUCUGACCACCUACAAGGCCAUAGAGAAGAUCUUGAGGAACAAGUGCUCCAAGUCAGUGGAGGUGAGCGAGUUUGAAGUGGAGCAGGUGCUGGACGAUGACAACAUCCUCCCACCGUACGUGCUCCGGUCUGAGGACGGAGGUCCCCGAGUCACCAUUAACACCGCCAUCGGACACAUUAACAGGUAUUGUGCUCGGCUGCCCAGUGACCCCUUCACCCACUUAGCACCCAAGUGUAAAACUGCAGAGACGCAGGAGGGACGCUCCCAGGCCACUCUCUACUUACCCAUCAACUCCCCUCUGAGAGUUCCUGUUAAGGGUCCUAUAAUGAACUGUGCCAGACUGGCAGAAAAAGCAGUUGCACUAUUAUGUUGUGAGAAACUCCACAAAAUAGGUGAGCUGGAUGAUCACCUGAUGCCGGUGGGGAAGGAGACAGUGAAGUACGAGGAGGAGCUGGACCUCCACGAUGAGGAAGAGACCAGCGUCCCAGGACGACCUGGCUCUACCAAGAGGAGGCAGUGUUACCCUAAAGCCAUACCAGAGUGUCUGCGGGACAGUUACGCUGUACCGGAGCAGACCUACUACCUAUAUGUGGUUGGGAUGGUCCUCACCACCCCUCUCCCCGACGAACUCAACUUCCGCAGGAGGAAGCUCUACCCACCGGAGGAUACCACCAGGUGCUUCGGCAUCCUGACUGCCAAACCUAUACCUCGAAUCCCACAUUUCCCGGUGUACACUCGCUCUGGGGAGGUGACCAUCUCCAUCGAGCUGCAGAAGUCGGGCUUCACACUCACCGCCGCCCAGCUCGACCUUAUCACCCGCCUGCACCAGUACAUCUUCUCCCACAUCCUCCGCCUCGAGAAACCUGCACUGGAGUUCAAGCCCACCCUGGCUGACUCGGCUUACUGCGUUCUACCUCUGAAUGUCGUUGGGGAUUCCAACACCCUAGAUAUGGACUUUAAGUUCAUGGAGGACAUCGAGAAGUCUGAGGCCCGCACUGGCAUUCCUACCACUCAGUACACCAAGCCGAACCCCUUCAACUUCAAGCUGGAGGACUACCAGGAUGCUGUCAUCAUUCCAAGGUAUCGUAACUUCGACCAGCCUCACCGCUUCUACGUUGCUGACGUCUACACGGACCUGACGCCGCUCAGCAAGUUUCCUUCACCAGAAUACGAGACGUUUGCCGAGUACUACAAAACCAAGUACAACCUGGACCUGUCCAACCUGAACCAGCCCCUCCUGGAUGUAGACCACACCUCCUCCAGACUGAACCUGUUAACCCCUCGCCACCUGAACCAGAAGGGCAAAGCUCUGCCGCUCAGCAGUGCAGAGAAGAGGAAGGCCAAGUGGGAGAGUCUGCAGAACAAACAGAUCCUGGUUCCAGAGCUGUGUGCCAUCCACCCCAUCCCUGCCUCCCUAUGGAGGAAAGCAGUGUGUCUGCCCAGCAUCCUCUACCGCCUCCACUGCCUCCUUACCGCCGAGGAACUCAGAGCCCAGACAGCCAGUGAAGCUGGAGUGGGAGCCCAGACCCUCCCCCCUGACUUCAGGUAUCCAAACCUGGACUUUGGCUGGAAGAGAUCCAUCGACAGCAAAACGUUUAUCUCCUGUUCUGAAUCCGGCGAGGACGACGAGGGUCACUGUAAGAACCACGAAACUGUAUCGCCCGAUUCCAAUUCCCUAACACAUCCCAGUAGUCACCACUCUUCCCAGCCCGGAGACGCCACCUGCACCAGGAACCUAACUAACGGCACUGCCCAAGUCGCCCUCUGCGGCGAUAACGGCCACCAAGAAGAGCACCUUCACCAACAUGACAAUUGCCAACGCUCCCAGCCCAGCUCCCCUGGGCUGCAGAGCCCCGAAUCAAUACAAACCACUACCUCAGUUCCUGUGCAGCCCUCUCACAGCUUGAAGAAGCACAGCUCGAGUCCUCCGCAGCCUAGUGAUGAAUGUACACCAGGGAGGACCUCAGACCACACCAAUAAAGCUACCUCAGUCUGCAGCCGGGCAGCAACGUGUCCCAACGCUCCAACAGCACCUUCUCCCAACCUCGCCAUCGUCCCCCAGCCCAGAGCCGAGGCAGGAGACUCCCCUAAAAGCCUGGGGCCCAACCCGGGCCUCAUCCUGCAGGCCCUGACCCUGUCCAACGCCAGCGACGGAUUCAACCUGGAGCGCCUGGAGAUGCUCGGCGACUCUUUCCUCAAGCACGCCAUUACCACGUACCUGUUCUGCACCUACCCCGACGCCCACGAGGGCAGACUCAGCUACAUGAGAAGCAAGAAGGUGAGCAACUGUAACUUGUACCGUCUGGGGAAGAAGAAGGGACUCCCCAGCAGGAUGGUGGUGUCCAUCUUCGACCCCCCUGUUAACUGGCUGCCUCCUGGCUACGUGGUCAACCAGGACAAGAGCUGCACCGACAUACCGGAUUCUGAGGAGGCCAAAGAGGAGCUACUGGCUAACGGGCAAUCUGGGAACGAGUACGAGGAAGAUGACGAGGAGGUUGAGGAGGCGGACGAGGAUGGCGAGCUGAUGUUGAAGGAAGAGCCGAAGGACGAAGUCAACAUGGAGGACGACCUGGAGUACUACAAGGAGCACAUCAAGUUCAUCGACAACAUGCUACUGGGAUCCGGCGCGUUCGGUAAGAAGAUCUCUCUGAGCGGCUUCCCUCCCCCUCUCACCCCGGCCUCCAGCUCGUCCCCCGCCAUGGAGACUCCAUACGAAUGGAAGCCCCCCAAGAAGCCCCUGCAUCCCACCACGGCCCACUACACCCCGGAGCCGGUGCAUAGCGGGCCCUCGGCCGACGAGUUUGACUACAGCUCAUGGGACGCCAUGUGCUACCUGGACCCCAGCAAGGCCGGCGAGGAGGACGACUUCGUGGUGGGCUUCUGGAACCCGUCGGAGGAGAACUGCGGCGCCGAGCUCGGCAAGCAGUCCAUCUCCUACGACCUGCACACGGAGCAGUGCAUCGCCGACAAGAGCAUCGCUGACUGUGUGGAGGCUCUGCUGGGCUGCUACCUGACCAGCUGUGGAGAGAGAGCCGCCCAGAUGUUCCUCUGCUCGUUGGGCCUCAAGGUGUUACCAUGGGAGAGAGGGGGCCUGACACAAGCAUUGGUGUUACACAGCCGUCAGACCACAGCUCUGGACCUGUGCUACGGCUGGCUGAAGAUCCCACCCCGCUGCCUGCUGGCCCAUCCGGACGCAGAGCGGACCCUCAACCACCUCAUCUCCGGCUUCGAGAACUUCGAAGCAAAGAUCAACUACACUUUUCAGAACAAGGCUUACCUCCUUCAAGCCUUCACCCACGCUUCCUACCAUUACAACACCAUCACAGAUUGUUACCAGCGGCUGGAGUUCCUCGGCGAUGCAAUCCUAGACUACCUCAUAACGAAGCACCUUUACGAAGACCCGCGGCAGCACUCUCCCGGCGUUCUGACCGACCUGCGCUCUGCACUCGUCAACAACACCAUCUUUGCCUCUCUGGCCGUCAAGUACGACUACCACAAGUACUUCAAGGCCAUCUCGCCAGAGCUUUUCCACGUCAUCGACGACUUUGUGCAGUUUCAGCUGGAGAAGAACGAGAUGCAGGGCAUGGACUCCGAGCUGCGACGCUCUGAAGAAGAUGAAGAGAAGGAGGAGGACAUCGAGGUCCCGAAGGCCAUGGGGGACAUCUUUGAGUCGCUAGCCGGGGCAAUUUACAUGGACAGCAGGAUGUCACUGGAGACUGUGUGGCAGGUGUAUUAUCCAAUGAUGAGGCCACUUAUAGAGAAGUUCUCUGCCAAUGUGCCACGCUCUCCUGUGAGGGAGCUGCUCGAGAUGGAACCAGAAACUGCCAAGUUCAGCCCUGCAGAGAGGACGUACGACGGGAAAGUCCGGGUAACGGUGGAGGUCGUCGGGAAGGGCAAGUUCAAAGGAGUCGGCCGCAGCUACCGGAUCGCCAAGUCGGCGGCGGCGCGGCGAGCUUUGCGCAGCCUCAAAGCCAAUCAACCUCAGGUCCAAAACAACUGAGCUCCUCCUCCGAGCUCGCAGCAUUAGCACCUAAGCUAUUGACGCUAACGGAGAAAGAAAAAAAAAAAAAGCGACGUCGGCUUCCCGACACAGUGUGAUGCUAGCCCUGUAUCUUCAGCCCGCGACGGCACAACUAAGGCAGCCAGGGAACACUGUGUGGAGAUGCAAACAGAAGAAGCAGACUGAUCACACAACAGAUUUCACUUCGGAAUUUUUUUUUUUUGUUGUUGUUCUUUUUCUUUCUUUUUUUUUGUUUUUGCGCAAACACAAUCUUUACUUUCCCUCUCUGCUUCGUGUAAUCACAUGAGUGCUUUAUUAACGUUUAGCAAAGUGUUUAAAAAAAAAGGUCAGGUCGCAGCAGUGUCUAUUCCUCACUGUUCUAGUUUUUUUCUUUUUUUUUUUCUUUGUUAACCUCUGUGUCAGUGAGAUGAGGCUUAUGCUUGUUGUGUAGUAUUAGAUUGUACAUAGUUCAAUCAAAAGGUGUAAAUCAAAGUAUGUAGGAAGACGGAAAAAAACGAGAGAAAAAAACGCUAAACUCCUCAGCCUGUGCACUAGUGCCAGUCAGUUUUAAAGCGUUUAUUUAAUUAAAAAAAACGCUAACAGCAGACAUGGCUAACAGAUACCACUGGAGCAAAGAACCUGGUGGCACUUCUGUCUGAAAUCUGUCUUGAAAUGGUAUUCUUAAUCAUUUUUGCACUUAGUCCAUUAGGGUCUGUUAUUUUGAGAAUUGUGUGGUCACAUUGACACCAAAAUCAUAUACGUAGCAAAGUAUAUAAAUAUAUUAUUAAAAAAAACAAAA